CCUCCACCCACGCAUCUGCAAACACACUCACACAUUGCAGCCAGUGGUGUUCAUGCAUCUUAUGUGAAACCUGUAUCCGAGUCUGCCAUUUGUGCUGUGGUCCUCGUGUUCAUCUUUGGUGAUUCCUCCUGUUGUAUCUUAUCUACAAUGUCAUGGUUUACUGGCUCUGCAGUGGUGCUGUUGAUGACUUUUUGUCUGGUGUUUGCUCAGGAGACAGAUAAUUUAGAAGUCCGCUACCUACAGAAGACAUUCACUCCGUCUAUAGGCUCAUCAGUCACACUAAGUUGUGAGGCACGUUAUGACUUCGAAUCGUGUGGUGUGGUGCAUGUUGUGUGGCAUGAUGUCACCAGUGGAAGUGGAAGUGAGCUAAUUAACCCCAAAAAAUACUUCACAACAGUGAGUGAGACAAUAUCUGAAGGGAAAAGACACAGACAGGUUGUGACAGAGAUCCUCAACGUGACACCAAAGGACACCGGUACCUUUCAGUGCAAGGCUAAGUGUACUGCAAGUGGAGCGACAGCCAUGGGCCAUUUAAUCGGGAUUAUUGUCAAAGAUCAGUGACUGAAGCAGCCGGUUUAUUUGGGAUGGAUACUUUGAUGAAUAUUGUUCAAAAAGCAUUUCAAGAACACCACUUUGCUCUGUUUUGACUGAAUGAAGUAAAUGGAUCAAAAAUAUUUUUCACCAUUUUUUAUAUCACAGCAACAAGUUUAAUGUUUCAUCAUAGAGUAUAGCUGCUUCGGUUGCAUAUUAAAGAUUUAUCGUAUAACUA